UCAGAGGAGCGAGCGCUGCCCGGUCACGUGGGCGAGGGCGCGCGGCGGGGCCGGGGUGGGAAGGGAGGUCAGAGGAGCGAGCCUUGCCCGGUCACGUGGGCGGCGCGCGGCGUGGCUGCAGGGCUUACCAGAGAAAAAUCAAGAUGAGUCUGCGGAAGCAAACCCCUAGUGACUUUCUAAAACAAAUCAUUGGAAGGCCCGUUGUGGUAAAAUUAAAUUCUGGAGUUGAUUAUCGAGGUGUCCUGGCUUGCCUGGAUGGGUAUAUGAAUAUAGCUCUGGAACAGACUGAAGAAUACGUAAAUGGACAAUUAAAGAACAAGUAUGGAGAUGCAUUUAUCCGAGGAAAUAAUGUAUUGUACAUAAGCACACAGAAGAGGAGGAUGUGAAGAUGCCAGAAGGAGCUGUUUUGUACUUGUGAACCUCUUCGAAGUGAUGAGCUCUAUUUGAUUUGUAGUUAAUAAUACACAGGUGAAAUACAAAAGUGUUUAAAUAUUUUUUUUAAAUAAAUAUAAACCAAUGUAAACUUCCUGAAUGUUUUUGUUUCAAAGCAUUGUUUUGUUCCGCUGUACAGAAAAAAAUGAAAUAAAAGAGAAGCAUGUAACAGCGCUGCAAGACUAAU